GGAAGUCGCCUAUCGAAAUGUGUAAUUAUAGCAUCAUCCUCAUUGCACCGAUGACUAGGCUUGCAUGUGACAACCUAGAAUCAGUAGCUAAUUGAACGGCAUCUCACCUCUGCUGUACCUAAUCACUCUAUUAGCAGUCUGCCCCUUAUAAGACCGGUUCACUUGGCAAAAGCGAUCAGUGGUCGAAUUUCGAACUCUAAAAGAACCGGUACACUCUAGAUUGUGCCUUAGUUCCGGACAAUGUCCGUGCUUACGCUAUGAAACCGUCGGUGGUGCUGUCGUUUCUAGUUUGGUUGUGUACUCAGUACAUGUUUCGUGUUAUUGAAGGAGCUAUGACCAUGAAGCAAUUGACGAAUUCGAUGGAUAUGAUGCGUGGAGCGUGUGCUCCCAAGUUCAAGCUCGAUGAAGUGGAGCUCCAUGGAUUACGAAAGUCCGUGUUUCCACCGGAUCCGGAUAAAGAGCUGAAGUGCUACACCUUGUGCAUCGCACAGAUGGCUGGAACUAUGACCAAAAAAGGAGAUAUCAGCUUCUCGAAAACCAUGGCUCAAAUCGAGGCAAUGUUGCCGCCUGAGCUGAAAUCGAUGGCUAAAGAAGCGCUAACAAGUUGCAAAGAUAUACAGCUAUCUUACAAGGAUCCGUGUGAUAAGACGUACUUUUCGUCGAAAUGUGCCGCUGAUCAUAGCCCGGACUCGUUUAUGUUCCCAUGAACGCUGGGCUAUAAGGAUUUAUGAGAUGAAUGGGAAAUUGAACUGACCGGGCAGGAUAAUAAUGGGAUAUGGUUAUUUACAUCAUUUCGAUAGCGGCUUUUGGUUAAUGUUAGUAGCGCACCAUCAAUGCUUUGAAGAAGGCUAUUUAUUUUAUGCUGCUGUCUGUUGAAAUAAAAAUGUAUCAAGCGAUGAGCAUGGAAACUCAAAGAUGUAUUGCACACAUUAAUAACUUCUCGAACUCUUAUCAACCAUUUCCUACCACAAUUUAACU